AUGUUUUCCUGCGGCAGCAUCGACAUAACUCCAGAUGGAAUGAAGGCCAUCGUGACGCUGUCUUCAGGCGAUAUGAGACGAUCGCUCAACAUACUGCAGAGCACCAGCAUGGCGUACGAGAAGGUGACGGAGGACACGGUGUACACGUGCACGGGCCACCCGCUGCGCUCAGACAUCGCCAACAUCCUCGACUGGUGCCUCAACAAGGACUUCACCACGGCGUAUAAACAAAUCCUUCACCUGAAGACGUUGAAGGGCCUGGCUCUGAACGACAUCCUCACUGAGAUCCACCUCCUCGUGCACAGAGUGGAUUUCCCUCCAGCUGUUCGGAUCAGUCUCCUCAUCAAGCUGGCUGAUGUUGAACACCGGCUGGCUUCAGGAACCAGUGAGAAGAUCCAGCUGAGCUCCAUGGUCGCUGCGUUCCAGGCCGUGAGAGACAUCGUGGUCAGCGAGGCUUCUUAAGACACCGGGAAUUUUUUCAGAGACUCAUGCUGCGCUUCUCCUCUUUGUCCACGGAGAGCUGUAGAUCUGAGUGAAAUCCAGCACUUCUGCAGAAUACGGGGCUGUAACUAGAAUUCGGCAGAAAGCAGAAGCCCACUGCCUGGCUGCCCACCACACCGCGAGUACAGUGGAAGAACAUCGGGAACAAACGCUGACAGCUAUUUGAGUCACCCGCACACAAAGAUGUGGAAGGCCAGCAUUACAAAAAAUAAAAAAGA